AUGGACUUCGGACUGGCCAAGACCAACGAGCUUGUAACCUUCGUGGGUGGCAGCGGAGGAGAUGGAGGCGAAGACGAAGAGCCCUGGAUGAACGACUGGGAGGCCGGUCAAGGCAAGCUUAGGAGUUGGUACAACAGGACCUUUGCGGACUGGAUCGGGUGCGUGAGCGAUGAUGAUGGCGCGGUGGACAUGGGCCAGAUAGACAAGCCGGGCGUCUCCUGUGGCAGUGAUCCCGCUAGCCUCGAGUUCCAGAAAGAGUACCGAGACGUUGCGGAGGGCUCGCAGCGCGCAACGAACAGCUCUACCACGGGCAGCGCUCCGCCACCAAAAGACAACAUUGACGGUGACUGA